CUCUCUCUUUGUAUUUAAUCUCUAACUCAUGAGCAUAUUUUCUAAUCUCUUUGGUAACCAGAGAGCAUAUACAAGGCUACCCACUGCAUCCAUCAUACGACCCAAACGAUGGCGGCUGAUCACAAUAAUUAAAUAUGCCGCUAUUAUCAUAAUUAGUAUUGUAAUCACCUUCUUUGCCAUCUGUCAACUUCAGCUGAAUAUUCGAGUUUACCUACGUAACUGGAUAUCCCAUGCUGACGAUGCAUACUAUGCACCCUUGGCUGGUUGCUUUGAUAAAUUACCCAAGGACAGUCCCUAUCUGACAGGUCAGAAUCACUAUGUGAAUGACCUAUCUCCAGGCAUAAGCUUGAUGGAAGACUAUGAUUGCUAUGAUUUUGCAGCAACAAUUCAACCAAAGCCAACAGAAUCCAAGGAUACAAUCAUCUACCAUGCCUAUUGGCGUGCAGAUCUUGCUCCUGUAGGACCAAAGCAACUCUCGACCCUUCGUUCCUUUUUCGCAACACAGAACCCAAAUAAUACAAUUGUCUAUCUUUGGUCCAAUGGCGAUCUAUCGCAAUCACCCGUCGUCAAGGAGAUAAAGAAGCAUGUGGGUGACCGAUUACAGACAAAGAUAUAUAAUUCACAUGAACUAUCCAAGGGAACGCCCAUGGAAAACUCUCCUCAUUUGGACUUUAAGGAUGCCAGUGGUUAUCUCGAUGGUGACCUCAUUCGACUGUUGGUCAUCUAUCACUAUGGUGGUAUGUGGUUCGAUAUGGAUUCGCUUUUUAUCAGAGACAUGAGUCCCCUCUUGGAGCAGGAAUGGUUGCUUCAAUGGGAUUGCUAUCUCCCCAAUGGAUUCCCGUUCAAUGGCGCAUUCAUGCGAUUCCAUAAAGAGUCACCUUAUCUUUGCGAGAUGCUGUCCGAGCUGGCAUCGGGACCAUUACCGAGACCCAAUACGAUUGAUUGGGGAGGAUAUAUGUAUUAUAGAAUUUAUAGACGAUUGUUGCAUCAUGGCAUCAGACCUUGGUCAGUCCUUCCAUGGUGCUUUACUGAUUCUAUGGUUUGCUCACCAAAGAACUCGAUGCCAAAUGCAUUUAUUGAAACUGAAUUUUCAAAAGAAAGACUAUUGAAGACCUUUGCCUACCACUGGCAUAAUCAAUGGAAGAAAGAACCAGGAUCUUUGUUCAGAUUUUUGGAUGAAAUGCACAAGAAUACAACUGGAUGGUAAUGCAUAUGCCCUGUACGUAUAUAUUAUAAACACUAUUUCUACUUAAUAAAUAAAUGAAGAACUUUAAACAAGAUAUAGCGCAGCAGGGUUCAACUAUUGUCUAGAGAAAUACAUAACUGAUUAUUUAUGCCAUUUCGUACUAUGAUUGUAGUUACUGACAAUUGGCAACUUUGAAUGUGUUUCUCGAUAAUCUACCUUCUUUUUCGUCAUUCAUUUCGAUAAAUGUUUUUAAUAAAACAAGGUAAAACAUAUCCUGAUGGCGUCAAAUGAAAUAAACAAAAACAUUGUUGG